UGGCCGCCGAGAAAGAUUGUUUACAACAACUCUUCGUCAAAAAGUUCAGCAAAAUGGUUCUCUCAUAUAGCGCCAUCGCAAAACCCACAGCGGACACUCCCAAGGUAAUCUCAAUGACUGCCUCCAAACAAGUCUUCCCCGAAGCUUUUGAGGCAUUACCGGCUCCUGCCGCUGAAGAGUCUCAAGAGCUAGAAUCUCAACCCGAAGCUCUUGCACAGGCGUCCAGUUCUACCAUCGAGGCCCCUAUUUCGAGCGAAGACCGAAAAGUCAUUCAGCAUUUGAUCCUUGAUGCUGGACCUCUGUUGUCUUUGACGCCGCUUCGCCAUCUCGCUACGAGCUUCCAUACGACCCCGAUGGUUCUUGCGGAACUGAGAGAUCCUAAAGCUAGGGAGCAUUGGGAGAGGCUUGCGUUGACUGGGGUCAAUGUCAAGGUCGAGUCACCUACUGCUGAAGCCAUGGCCCAGGUCACUGCUUUUGCGAAGAAGACUGGUGACUUUGCGGUACUUUCACAAACUGAUUUGUCCGUUGCCGCUUUGACUUAUCAGUAUGAAGUGAUGGUGAACGGUGUCAAGAGGAUUAGGACUGAGCCCCCUCAAGCGAAGAAGCCUAGUGCCAAGGGGAAGGAGAAGGAGAAGGACACCAAGCAGGCGGAAAAGAAAGAUGAGGAGGUCCAAGAGAACAAAAACGAAAAGGAAGGAAAGCCCGAGGAGGAGGAUGUUGAAGUGGAAGAGGCGAUUCAGUCUUUGAGCCAAAUUAUUAUUGAACCUUCAACGAAAAGCGAGCUUUCAGUAAAUGAUGUUUCCACCACCAACCGGUCCCAUACCCAGACCUCAGUCCCAGCUUCUGCCCAUGCAGAGGAUCCUGAAUCCGAGGGCGAAUGGAUCAACCCCACAAAUCUCAGCACCCAUCGGUCUCGAGAUCUGGGUCUUAUCACUCCUUCUGGAUCAACAGCCAAGCCUCCGGCCGUUGCAUGUAUGACCGGUGAUUAUGCUGUGCAGAAUAUAUUGUUGGGAAUGCGAUUGGGAUUGGUUGGCGAAGGCGGUAAAAAGAUUGGAAAGGUGAAGAGUUGGGUAUUAAGAUGCCAUGCCUGUUUUAAAGUUUGCAAGGAUCCUAGCAAACGAUUCUGUCCAUCAUGCGGCAAUGCUACGCUUCUUCGUACUUCCGUUUCAACAUCCGCUAAAACUGGUGAACAAAGAGUGCAUCUCAAGCAGAACUUCCAAUACCGCACUAGAGGUACCAUCUAUUCCAUCCCGGACCCUAAGAUGGGCAGAGCCAAGGGUCAGCAAAAGGGGGGAAGCGGCUUAAUUUUGAGAGAAGAUCAGAGGGAAUGGCAGGAUGCAAUGAGGGGAGAUAGAAUUAAAAAGGAGAAAGAAGAAAGGAAGGCGGCUAAGGGCGCUUUGGAAGGUUGGAAUGACCCUGACUGGUUGCCCGAGAUGAUCACAGUAGGUAUGUCCGGAAAGGGUCGCUCUGGUGGACAUAACAUGCCUUCAAUUGGCCACGGGCGUAAGAACCCUAACCAAGCAAAGAGACGACGAUGAAUGGUGUGUCUGCCAAGCGGGUUUGUAGUGUAUAGACCGAUAGAUUUGCGUAUAUUCUCGCUGAUGGACGACACUUUCCAUGUAUCAAUGAAUGACAAUCUCCAAGCUUCUGUGUCGAUAUCGGGGCACUGUGACAAUUGCCUGAUCAGAUGAUGAAGCGCGCCAGUUCAUGUUGGUAAUGAGUCUGUCGACAUGUUCUCUGACUUAGUCCCAGCCGCCCCAGAUACUUAUAUGCUCAUGCAUAGCACUGGCCGGUGUCGCUCCAUGCCUGCUAUGACCGUAGUCUUCAGCGUCAUGUUCAUUUCCGUCAUCGCAGCCAUUUACUACACUUCCCACCACUACGCCCCAGCAGCCAGGAUUGAGGAGUUACCGGACAACGAGACUGCUGUCACCACGCGAUCAAAGAAUUACUGCCAUGUCUCAACGACCAACUCACCAACCCAGGACAUCCCAGCAAUUUGCCACCAGCCAAAAACAAAAAGCGAUGGACGUCCCGAAGCGUGUCAAGUUGGAAGAGCUUCAAAGAAAGGUGCCCAAUCUUUGGUCAUCAAAGAAGAAACUAAGUUAGAUCAAGCGGCAUCAAUAUGGCCCUUCACCAUACUCUAAGACACAGACGCUUAAAGCUAGUAUUGCAAAGAAGGGAAAUAAGGAUGAUAAUUUAUAGAGCACGUCUGGGGGAACAUACAAAGUCGAUAAAGGCAGUAGCCCGGCUAGGGAAAAAAAAUGAACAUAGGCUGUCGAUCGACAGAAUAGGGUAAUAAUAAUACCGGUUAUCAGGCAAUCCGUGCGACGGAUAUCCAUACCUACCCUUCCCACGAAUAAGGCUUCAACUCUCGUAUAUUGCAAUACUUGUUCUCCGGAAACAGAUAGCAUUGUCAACCUGUCAUCCACCAGAUCUUUCAAUCAUGGGCGGAAAGAGGCCAAAAGAAAGAGAAGUCAAGAGAUGGGUCAUACGUCAGCAGCUGUCAUGCCUGAGCUCGAGCAGAAGAAAGUGUUUCAGGAGAUGGUGGAUUCCUCUCCUUUUUACAAGCUUGAGAAGCGCAUCGGCUUCGCG